UUUUUUUCUCAAACCUCAAACAGAUUAAAAGCUACUCUUACCCUAACAAUUCACACUUGCUAUACCCCAACUCUCCAAGUCAAGAUGUCUCUAGCCACCAAUCAACAAUCUAUUGUUCAGCUAAAUGUGUCAGACCUUAGAUGAGUCAUAAACCAACAUCAAAGUUUCAUGUAUGUCAUGCACAUACCUUUUAUCUAACUUUUCAGCCAACAGCAUCAUCUUGUACACUUAAGACUGCCUUCCCACUCUGCUAACUCCUCCCAAGCCUUUGACUGUAAUGCUACCCUUUAUAAUCCCCACUAUAUCUAUAUGUAACAUGCUACAUUCCUCACCACUGAACUACUGGCUUAAACUUUCCUGCCCAUACAUCAUUUCCAAACAAAUUGCAUCAAUGGAUCUACAAGGAUACACAUCCAACACAAAUCUCACAACCACUAUCUCCAAAAGAUCCUUUAUCAUACCCCAAGGAUUGAAUGUCUGCUUCCUCACAGACUCAAUAUGUCGAGAUAUUAAAGACUACAUGCCAAAAGCACAAUGCUGGGUACACCCAGGGACAACGCUUAUAAGAUCUGCUAUGCAACACAUCUACCACUUUAAGACAGUACACAGCAACAGCAUUGUGAUCCUUCACAUCGGAACAAAUGACAUUGCAAGUGGAGCACCUGCAUCAGUAGUCAUCCAACGCAUGAAAACUCUCAUAACAAGAAUCUCCCUCACUAAUCCUCACAUCCUUUACUAUGGAAUCAGUGCUAUCUUACCACGUCCAACAGAUAACUCUACAACUAAGAACACUGUAAAAGAAUUCAACAGCUUGCUUCGCUACUGGACUGAACAAACAACAAACAUAAUUUUUCUGAACACAACAAAACCAUUCCUAAAAAGUGGAAAAAUAAUCCAUCACCUAUACAAGCAAGAUGGGCUACAUCUCACUACACAAGGAAAACAAAGACUUUUUGCCUACUUCCAGCCGGUUCUCAGUCAGUGUAAUAAUUGGAAAUAA